AUGGCCUCCGAGAAGCAGCGUGGUGGUGGUGGUGAUGGGAUGAAGCGUGGUGGUGGUGUUGGUGAGGGGAUGGAGCGUGGUGGUGGUGUUGGUGAGGGGAUGGAGCGUGGUGGUGAUGUUGGUGAGGUGUUGAAGCGUGGUGGUGGUGAGGUGAUCGAGCGUGGUGGUGGUGGUGGGAUGAAGCGUGAUGGUGUUGGUGAUGUUGGUGAGGGCAUGGAGCGUGGUGGUGGUGAGGUGAUGGAGCGUGGUGGUGAUGUUGGUGAUGGGAUGAGGCGUGGUGGUGGUGAUGGUGAUGUUGGUGAUGGGAUGAGGCGUGGUGGUGGUGAGGUGAUGGAGAGUGGUGAUGGUGAAGCCUCUCCCGGCCACGCCAACACCAGGCGAGGCGUCACCGUGUCCCGUGAGCUGCUGGGCGUCAAAGGAGGCCCUGUCAUUCCCAAGCAACUGUUCAUCAACCCCAGAUUGGCCCAAAGGACUCAGGCUGCUGGCACCACCAGCCGUCUACCCCCCAGUUGCGCGCUGAGCCAGGUGAAGAAAUUCCUGCCUCAGCUGGCAACUGCCAACGACGUCCUGCAGAGGCAGGUGCAGGAGAUGCCGGCAGGACACUUCGAUAUCGAGCAUGUGGACGACGGGCAGGAUCGCGUCAUCGAGAUGAGCAUCUCCCUGGUUGAAAGGGGGGACAACUCGGACACGGACGAGGACGAGGAGGAGGAAGACUGCAGCUCGUCUGGGAGCUCAUCCGACUCUGAGACGGCGGACGGCGGGGAAGGACUCCCGGCGAUGCCGAGAUUGCGCCUGAGCCAGAAGCCGGCGGCGCAAGCGCGACAUCGCAUCGUCGAGCUGGACACUCGGCCUGCUACGGACCAGCCGCCACGUGAGCCCCAGGGCACGUGACCAACACACGAGCAUUCUCGUCCGCCAAAUCCUCCAAAUGGUGUCUGGAUGUUCAUUUGUGGUUGUUCUUUUGCCCCAGAGGACUUUCUCCUGGCUCUGUGUAAAUGUCUUUCUGUGUCUCUGUGCAAAUGUCUCUAUGUCUCUGUGUAAACGUCUUUCGUUCUUUUGCACAAACCGACGUUAAUUAGAUCUUUCGCGCAUUGACCGCCAUAAAGCCCAAAGCGGGUCAUUCAGUGCCUUCCCCAUGUGGCCUUAGGGACUUAUUUUCUUGUUGCAUUGUUUUCCUCAACGUGCUUUUGGUCACCGCAACGUGUUAACAUAUUCCUGCCAAAUAAAUAAAUAAAUAUGGGCCAGAAUUCACGUGCUCUUUAUCUCGGUGCGACCAUCGCACUGCAGCGGAGACGCUGACCUUUGUCGAUGACACUCUUAAGCGUGGCCUAAGGACGUUUAUGAAUGUGGCUUACCCCUCCAUUUCUUUAGGGAAUGUUGCAUGCAAGCCAGAGUGGAGAAGCCGAGUGGUCGGCGCUUUGUUUUUGUCAUCAAUAACGACACGGCGAUGAUGCCGAGAGGAUCGGCACAAUGUAUGGGUUCAGGGAAAUCUGCUCGGUGACCCCCGGCAGGAGAACAUGGCCCCCAGGAGGGUGGCGAAUGUGGGCGUUUAUCGGCGAGCUGCCCUGGUACGCGAUGGAUUUAAGUACGCGUGCCGUGGCCUAAUAUCCACAACGGGACUUGUUUAUGUGUGUAUUGAAAUUAUGUUUUGUGUUGCCAUAUUGAGUGAUGUUCAUUCUCCUCUGCUGCCCCUAUAGCCCCUGCUAUCCAUGCAGUCCACUCCCUGUUCAAGUCAAGGCUCAAGACCUUCCUCUUUACCUAUGACCGACUGCCAAUUAAAUAUUUAUGUAUGUUUGAACUUCUUUCGCACCGUACGUAGCCAACCAUCCUAAUCGGAGGUGUGGGGGAAGGACAACAAACACAAAAAGCAGUUCUAAAGAAAUUCGUUUUCAAUCCAGAUUUAAAAGUGCACAUUUCCAGUGGCUUCCAAAUAUUGGAAGGAAGAGCAUUCCAGACGGCCGCAGAAGCGCAUCUAAAGUGCCCGAUGCAGUGACCGUCUUUGUUCGAUGGUUGGCCAAAACCCGCCACUUCGAGGAUGGACCGGAGUUCGCGUGAUGGUUUAUGCUCACUUGCUCUACAGGGUCUUGAGAUUCAGUCACAAUUCCAUGCUGUAUAAAUUCACAUUGUACAUUGUCUUAUUGAUGCAUCAAGUUGUUUCUGUUUCUUUUUUUAAGCUUGUGUAAAAUGUGUUUCAAUAAAUGCUACAUCAAUUGAGAAUGUUGACAUCUGAUGGCUUACCUCAAAAACAAACUCGGAAUGCCGGCUCUGAGUUUCACUCCACAAUCUGCAGUCAUCAUUUACCGCAAUUAUUCCACGCGAGCAACAUGCCAGAGGAAAUUCCUCGCCCUGAACGCUAGAGAAUUAGAGCCAAGGUCAUUAUUCACGUCAACUAGACAGGGGAGAUCAUAUCUUCGUUCCGUUGGAAGACACUACAAAUGGACGUGUUGGGACGGUGUAAGGUAAGCAAUUGUAAUAAAGGACUC